CUGUUGUUAUGAUGUAAUGUUACUCCUUUGGUGACUACGGAUGGCUGUGUGUGCCAGGCUCUGCGGAGUGGGUCAGUCGCGUCGGUGCAGACGGCGGCAGAGUCACAAUCAGCAGGAUAAGCAGAGUGAUUCUGAUAUGGACAUAGACGAAGAGGAGGAAGAGAGGAUUGUUGGCAAAAUGAGAGCCGAUGCUGACGGUGGUUGUCCUGAGAUCUCCGAUGGUGCAGGGCCUAGGGGGGCAAAUGACGCCUCAGCUAAACGUGUUGGUGCAAGUGUCAACAGACUCUGUUACGAAGACACUGGUUGUGUAGGGCCACCUAAUCCGAAGUCUUUGUUGGAUUUACCGCCUGAGCUUCUGGUGGAAAUCUUUUCUUCCCUGCCCGGUACAGCUCUGCCAAACCUGGCUUUGGUAUGCAAGAAAUUCAGGCAAAUCCUCAGCACGGAAACGAUUUGGAGAAGGCGUUGCUUAGAGGAAUUUGGCAUGAAGGAAGACCUGCGCAGGAUGGAAGUGGUGGGAGUGUCCAGUCGAGAGCUGUAUGUUAAACGUGUGAACCCAAGAGUGAAGUCAGGACGUUUUAUGAAGCUCCUUCCCGAUUACGAGCACAUGGACUAUCGGGAUGUGUAUAAACACUUACUUCAUCCAUACCGACACAUUCUGGGCCUUUGGCAGCCAGACAUAGGCCCCUAUGGAGGGCUUCUUAAUGUUGUGGUUGAUGGAUUGUUCAUAAUUGGGUGGAUGUACCUACCCCCCCAUGACCCACGCGUGGAGGACCCCAUGCGCCGUCGUCCGCUUUUUCGGAUACACAUGUGGGAGAAUAACAAAGCCACUGUGGAGUGUAUGUACGGCCAUAAGGGUCCUCACAAAGGAGACAUUCAGACAGUGAAGAAGGAUGAAUUCUCCACCAAAUGUAACCAGACAGAUCAUCAUCGCAUGCCAGGGGGGAGGCAGGAGGAAUUUCGUACGUGGCUGGAGGAGGAAUGGGGACGGACACUGGAAGACAUUUUCCAUGAACACAUGCAGGAGCUGAUACUCAUGAAAUUCAUUUACACCAGCCAGUAUGAUAAUUGCUUGACGUACCGUCGGAUAUACCUCCCGCCGUGCCUACCUUCAGACCUGAUGCAGCCCGGCCUCUUUAAAGGAACUUAUGGCAGUCAUGGGCUGGAGAUCAUAAUGCUGAGCUUCCAUGGCCCACGUGCCAAGGCAACCAAGCUAACUGGAGACCCAAAUGUGCCAGCAGGUCAGCUGACGUUAGAUAUUGACCUGAACCGGCCGGUGUGUCUACCAGACCUCGAGCAUCAGAGGAACAUUGAAGAGUUGUCCCGCCUGGUGCUUGGGGUCCAUGAGGAAGCACAGCGGGAUGCACAGGGCCAAGACACCCCCCCUGUAGGGGCUGAAGGAGCCAGUGUGGCAGAGGGACUAGAACCUGCUGUGACAGCUUGCGCAGAGGGUACUGGGCCCACAGGUGCCAACAGUACCCCUUCUCAGCCCCAGCCUUUCAUCCUACCUCUGGGUGUCAUGGCGCGUAAUGAGGUUUAUCCCCGCACGUGCAAGUUGUGCUUCUAUGGGACUGGCCUGAUUGCCGGUCAUGGCUUUACGAGUCCAGAACGCACUCCGGGCCUGUUUGUGCUGUUCGAUGAGGACCGCUUUGGCUUCAUCUGGCUGGAACUCAAGUCCUUCAGCCUGUAUAGUCGUCUAACAGACCAGCUGUCCCAUGCUCAGGCCCCCAGUAUGGAGCGUUUUGAGGCCAUGCUGCGUAACAUGCAGUCCUGGACAUCCUGAUGCUCAAAAAAAGCCGUCCAUGCUCUUUCCCUUGCACAUCAGGCACAUACUGUACUAUAACCUUAUUCAGGCCGUGCUACUCUCACACAUACUCACACAACCUAACACACCUCCCUAUUC